GGCAAGGGGAAGAUGCUGAGUUGAUGCAGCCCUUUUUUGUACCUCUGGAGGCUUCCUGAUGAAAUUUCACCAGAACUUGGGAGAGAAAUGGCCAAAUAUAAACAGCGACGCAGAAAACUGAGAGCCAGUGUAACGUUCGGGUUUAAAAAGCCGGAAAGUAUCCUUCCCCCUCUGUGCCCAAGUGUCCUGUCUCCAAAGCCUCCAGUUUCACCCUUGAACCGAAGUAGGCCUUUUUGUUCCUGGUCCUUGACUCUUCCUGACGUAACAAAAGUGCUGAGGCCUUUGGUCACAACAGUGUUUUGUUGGUACUCCUGGUGCCGGAAUAGCAUUCUCUGGCUCUCGCAGUUUUUUCAAGUCAUCGGAAAUGCAGUCUUUCGAUCACACUUGUACCUGGAGGAGCUGAACGUGCUCAAGGAACGGUUGCAGAAGUUGGAAACAGAAUUUUCUAGGCUGGAAUCAGUGGUCCAGAACAGGGCUGUUGCUUCCUUAGAAAAAACAUCUUGCCCGAUGUCAGAGAAUGUCCAACAUCAGCUUCCUGCACAAGAACGUCUGGGCCCUGUGGAAUUGUCGUCCUCGCACUCUCAAGCUUUGAUGCCACCAGCGCCUCCCCCACCCCCUCCACUGCCCCCUCCACCUGUGCCUCGGUGUCUCAGUAAGACGGAUGGAGUUAAGAAACAGGAGGCCUCGUUAAAAACAGACAUGCCUGUGCAAAUAACCCUCAAGGAUCUUCUCAAUGUGAAACUAAAGAAGACAGAAAGUUACUCAAAAAUAGAAAAGAAAAGAUCACCGUUACAGAAGCGGAGGGCAUUAAUUACCAUCUCAGAUUUGCAAAGCAUUAGUCUGAAGUCCAAACCUCCUCCUAAUUGUGCUGCAAACAGUUCAAGCACUCCCAGCAGAAAUUGCUUUGAUUUUAAAAGACACCUACGAAAGGUCUCUAUCAAAAGGAGCCCAGGUGGAACCCCCUUAAUUAACAAAGAGAACCUCGAGACUGGCACGGGAUUGACGCCGAUCAUGACCCAGGCAUUGCGGCGCAAAUUUCAGUUGGCUCACCCCCAAAGUCCCUCUCCAUCUCAUUUGCCCAGAGGAAGCAGCUUCGAAGAGCCAAGUUAACUCUGCAUCACCCAGCUGUGCGUUCAAAGUCCUCUUGCCAGUUACCUGGACUCUUGGUUACUAAUGACUCUACUCGGAUGUAAGGGAUCUGAUAUUAAGAAUGCACAAGGGGAAAGGAUCCGCUUGGCAGUCCUUGAGAGCAAAGCUCUCCAUCCCCUGGAGAGGCAGGCAAGAGGAGACUCCACCCUGCCCUCCUGUUCCUCCUUGCUGUAUGCAUCAAAGUGGCCUGGAGGAACCACGUGAGUGUUGUGGCCAAAGUGGUGCCUAGCCGCUCAUCACUGCAAAAAGAUUUAAGUGUGUCCAAGGCCAGUCCGGAUAGCUUUGUACUUGAACUGAAUUUCAGUUUUCUGUCUUUAAAAAGAUUUUUUUUAAACAAAACAUGUUUUUCAAGACGUUGGUAUUUGCAAAUCCAGAGUAUGUGUAUGUUUUAACUCAGAACAGUGCUAGAAGUUUGUCAGGAUCUGGGCAAACAGAGCCUCUGAUCCUGUGCAGAGUGAUUUGGGGUUAUGUCAAGUCACUUCAUCUGGGGCGGGGGGGCAGUCAUAACUACAAAAAUGAGAGGUAAGACUAAGAUAUUUCAUGACAAAGCUGACCAUGAGCUUUCAAACAGCUCCAACCCAUUGUCACAAAAUACUGGUCUCAUCUUGCUUCCCUCAUUCUUCCACCUGAGGACACAGUGCCUCUGAGCACAUGAAGACUGCCUUUGGGCUGUGACAGUGCAUUGAUUGCAAAAUGCUUAGUGUUCUUCUUGUGCACACGUUUAAAGAAAGCACCCACAG